AUGACUUGGCCGCUCGCGCCUGAGGCCACCAGUGCUGAAGGAUGGAGAUUGCGUUGCGUUCAAUACAAUCCCCAAGCUCUACCAGUACGCCGCAACCUCACGGACGUGCUCUCCCACUUCACGACGGCGCAGGUGGUCUCUCUCACAGGGACAUGUCAGAAUUUAAAACACAUUGCUUUCGAUCAAUCGUUGGACUUUGUAAGGAAACGAGUUGGCAAGCGGCAAGUUUGGCAAUGGCCGACGGAGGUACUGAAGGCGACGGGCAGACGCCGUGCCAGACGUAACGGCACUAACGUCUCGGCAGGUUGCAUGAUCGCCGUGGAUCGCACCAUCUUCCCCAACUGUCGACGGGUUCAGAACUGGCAACCACCUGCAGGACUCCGGGGUCGAGGCGGCGCUGUUCGGUAUAAAUGGAACACUCACUACGACCUGUGCCUCAUCAGUGUGUACUCCAUGCUCGAGCCUCACGACGAGGUCGGUCGCAUCUGGCGGACCAAGCUAUUACGUUGGAUUUCAGAUGUCUUGGAUAGUCUACCUGCUCGCUGUACUCCGAUAUUGAUGUGCGACGGGAACUUCCAUUGCGGCUACGUGAAGAUCGGCAACACUCUGCAGCUCACCCCCGUGGGCGAUGCUAUUGGACAUGCAGCACCUGCAACGGCCAUGCAUAGAGUCCAGCAGAUCAAGGUGUGGUAUCGCGACGGCUUCAACCUACAACUUUCAAAAUCCACGUGUGCAGCAAGCAAGAAUAUUGAUCAUUGCCCGCUGGUGGGGUGUCAGCCUCACUUGUCCUUCGGGGACAUGCUGAGCAGCCUCUGGACGUCGCAGGAGUUGUACGCGAUAUACCUCAUGAUGCUGAUGCGCGCCCAGCACGCCACCGCCUCUUCAGCUUCGGGCACGGACCUCGUGCCAGGCCGGGUGAGUUGGCAAGUUCUGCAGCAGUUAGUGGAGCAACACGCCGAGGCGCACAGGGACCUCUGGGGCACCCUCGGCCGUAGUUGGAUUGAACCGUUCUACGACAUGGCUAACGCCUUCGCCUCCGUCUCCCACCAGGCCCUCGACAGUGUGAUCGAUGCCGCGCUCGACGUCGACUCGGCUCACAUCACCUGGAUCGAAAUCACGGAGGAGCAGGAGGAAUUUCAGUUUUUUCGAGUUCGUGAACCCGUCACAGGUGAGACGGUCAAUGUAUAUUUUACCACUUUUGCCGACGACAUGACUAGCAUCGGGCUUUUGCACGGUGAUUCUCAGGCACAGCUGGCGUCUGACAAGAUGCAGGCCUGGGAUGAUGGCCUCAAGCAGGUGGUCACGGACACCGCCGAGCUUGACCAGAAUGGAGAUAAGAAAGAGAUUUUAUUUCGAUGCCAUGGUCGAGGCUCUGCUGAACAGAUGCAGGACUUCUACCACCAGCGUGGCUCUAUUAGGUAUAAGGGUACGGCUAAACAAUGGGUUGGACACUUGGGGGGCUGGCACAAUCUAGACGGGAUCGCGGCCAGCUUACCUCAUCAGGUCGCCCACGCCACGGUUGUAAUCCAUAUCUUCGUGAAUUCUGUCAUGACCUUGAUGUUCAGGGUCGAGUGCAGCCUCGCGUGCGCGAGGCCUCCAGUGUCCCUCUACUCCACGAACACGUUCGUAAGCAUUUUGUGGUUCGAGCUGAUCGUGAGGUUUUUCAAACUCUUCCUGAGUGUGACGCCCCAGUCGCACCUGCCCUCGCCGAUCUACCAGAUGGAUCAGCUCCAGAGGCGCCUGGGUCAGGGCGCCGCGGGGCAACCGGCAGCCGGCGACGGUCGCGCAGCCGCGCGGCGCGCGGUCGGAGGCAACUUCGACGAGGAGUAUCGUUCCCUGGUGGUGAACACGGCGAAGACCGUCGUGGGGCUCGACCUGAUGUCUCGUCGGUUUGCGGGAUGUCUUACUCUCGUGGCUCUUGUGAAGGGUGCGCGCACGCAGCUGACCGCCAUGCGCGAAGCGGGUGUGACCUACGAGGAAGCGAAGACGCAGUACAAGCAAGCGGGGAAUCAAGAGCAGCUGGCACAGCUCAAGUGGGCGCAUCUCCACGUGUGGGUCGGCCUGUGCAUGUCGAUCGUGAACGACGCGACGAUCCCCGCGGAGGCGAAGGCGAGCGUGCUGGCCCACUCCCAAGCCGUGAAAGGUGUGGGAGACAUCGAGGACAAAGUUAUCGUAUGUUACCAGAAGAAGGCCUUCCGCCAGGCCAACUGGCAGGAGGACAUGUAUCGCAUCGAGCUCUUCACGACUCCCGAACUUCGAGCAGAGGCGCUCGAGAUCCAGACGUGCAUCUUGAGGGCUGCAGGCAGUAUCAAAAAAGCAGGCAGUCCACCCAAAGGCCCCAACGUGCGGAAAGUCAUUCAGAGCUUGGUGAACCCCGGGGAGUACCAGGUCGCCGGCGACCGGGAGCAGAUGGACUGGAUGAGGGACUGCAACUCCCUCACGGACAGGGUCUGGGUGAUCGAGGAGUGCGAGUAUCCGGUGCCGCUGCUACUUCCCGCGUCCGCGCUGCAGGAGUACGGGAAGAAAUUCCCCAAGUCCGUGGUCAUCGGCCGCUCCGGAGCGAUGAACCCCAAAGGCGUUCCACUGCUGCAGAAGGAGGUGACCAGCGCGACCCGCGUCGCCCCGGGCGCCCGCAUAGUGUUCGUGUCCAUGCCGCGGGAGCGCUCCUGCGUCGGCCCCCCGUUGGCGGAGAUGCGACACGACGAGCUGAUCAGGCUGGGCAAGUUCGCGGGCUGGCUGGCGAAACGCUGCGAGCCGCGCGCGGUGUACUUCGUGCUGCCAGGCACCGUGGCCAAGGGCCCGCCGAGCGCCCUCGCGGCGGCCACCUGCGCCUGGCCGCUCUACGUGUCCCUCUGCACGGACGUGGUGUGCCUGGACUCCGAGCGGUGGAAGAAGUCGGCCUGGGCCAGGCUGGACGCGCUGCUGGCCGUGUGGGCCCGGAGGCCGCUGUACCUGCUGCCGGAGAAGUACGAGCCGCCCAUCGAGCUGGGCGACGUCGGCGGCUCGCAGAGCGCGGGUGCGGACGACGAGGACGCGCAGGAGGCGGCCAAGUCGACCCCGCUGACCUUCCGGCAGGAGGAGCCGCUGACCAUCGGCAGGCCGACGGAGGGCCUGGGCACCGUCCCCCCGCUGCUGAAGGCGCUCGAGGACCGGGCCGCGGAGGCCGAGGCCUCGGGCGGCGCGGCGAAGGUGCAGCGCCCCACGCUCGCCGUGCGCCGCCUGGGGUGA